AUGGUGGCCGCCAUAAAGAAGGCAGCUGCAGAAGACGUCAGUGUUACUUUCGAAGAUCAACAAAAAAAAAUAAACAAAUUUGCCUGGAAUAUGAGUCGAAUCACAGAGCUAAAGGAGGAAAUAGAAGUGAGGAAGAAACACCUCCAGAAUUUAAAGGAUGCUUGUGAUGACACCAUAUUGGCAGAUCAUGACUGCUUAAUGAUUCCUUACCAGAUGGGAGACUCUCAAGAAGAAACAGGGAAAAUCUUAGAAGAUGCAAAGAAACCUUUGCAAGAAGAAAUCAAUGCCUUAGAGUCCAGAAUGGCGUCCAUCCAAUGGGUGUUAGCUGACCUGAAAGUGCAGUUAUAA